AUGAGCCGGGGAAGAGGGAUCUCCGCCGUGCUUGGGAGGAGGCGCCUUCCCAGCACCACCUCCGGUUCCACCUCCUCUGCCGGUGGGGAGGCGCUGCUGGCAACUUUGGCGACCCCUGGUGCCACCCCCUCCGCCUCUUCCGCUACCUCCAGUGCCGCCACCUCUGCUGCCUCCGGCGCUGCAGCCUCCGCCGUGGCAGCGGCCCCCUCAGCCGCUGGCUCGGCUGGUGAGGGCCCGGCCUCGUCGUCUGAAGCUGCGGCCGCUGCCUCCAUAGCAGCAGCGGCUUUGGUGGACUCCUCCUGGGGGGCAGCUUCGGGUCGUGGCGGGGUGGAGGCAUCCGGCACCGGGCCCAUGGGUCCGGUGGCUUCUGGAGCUGCUUCGGGCGGGGGUCCUGCUAGGGACGGCGUCGAGGGUCCCGACGCUGGCUGGGGGCCGGAUCCCCCAGUUGGUACGUCUGAAGAUUGUGGCCUGCCGUAUCACCUGUAUGGUUAA